AUGAGUAUCCUCACAGCACUGGUGUCCGCACCAGAUGUCAAUCCUAUCAACAAGAAAGCGCGAUCAGUACCAAUCUUUAAUGUUGUCAACGUCUACGGACGAGUGUUUUUCUUCUCCUGGUUUGGUUUUAUGAUCGCUUUCUGGUCUUGGUAUGCGUUUCCACCGCUUCUUGCCGAUGUCAUCGCCAAGGACAUCCACAUGACCAAGAUUCAAAUCAGCAACUCCAACAUCAUUGCUCUUGUCGCCACACUGCUCGUUCGUCUUGUUGCUGGCCCUGCUUGCGAUCGCUUCGGCCCACGAUGGACGUUUGCUGGUUGCUUGUUGAUUGGCGCUAUCCCGACCUUCUUGUCCGGUACCGCAUAUAGUGUCAACCAGCUCUACGCUCUGCGAUUCUUCAUCGGUAUCCUUGGUGGUUCCUUCGUGCCUUGCCAAGUAUGGACCACUGGCUUCUUCGACAAGAACAUCGUUGGUACUGCCAACUCGUUGACCGCUGGUCUCGGUAACGCUGGUGGCGGUAUCACCUACUUCGUCAUGCCAGCUGUCUACAAGGCUCUCGUCAAGGAUGGUCUAUCGAGCCACGUUGCCUGGCGUGUGUCGUUCGUUGUCCCUGGUAUCCUGAUUACCGCGGUUGCUAUCGCGCUCGUUGUCUUGUGUCCAGACACUCCGACCGGCAAAUGGGCUGAUCGCACUCAAGCUGCUGAGAACAACCUUCGUCAACACGGCGUAGAGGGCCAGGUUGUCGAUAUUCCUGGUCACGUCACCGAGAGUCACAAGCACUCGGACACAGGGUCGGAAUCACCAGUACCAUCCGGCAUCAUGGAGGAAGAGAAAAAGCUCGGCGAGACCCGUGGUGUGUUUGGCGAGCACGAGGCACAGCUCGGCGAACAACAGAUGCUCGAUACCGCUCGCGGCGAAGUCGUCCAGAAGCCCUCGUUCAAGGAGAUGUCGAAGGUUAUCUUCUCGCCUCAAACUCUCGUCACUGGAGCCUGCUACUUCUGCACCUUCGGCGCCGAACUCUCCAUCAACAGUAUCCUUGGGAACUACUACGGCGCCAAGUUCAAGUUCCUUGGUCUGCAAGGCGCAGGCAACUGGGCGGCGAUGUUCGGCCUCAUGAAUGUCAUCUGUCGACCUCUUGGCGGUGUGGUCUCUGAUAUCGCCUACAAGACGACUGGCAAUGUCUGGUCCAAGAAAAUCCUGCUUCACACCUACAGCAUCAUUAUGGGUGUUGUCCUCAUCGCCAUUGGUGUGGCCAAUCCCGACAAGCUAUAUGCAUUGGUCUUGCCAAUCGGUAUCGCUCUUGCUUUCUUCCUUGAGGGCGCGAACGGCUUGAACUACUCGCUCGUGCCCCAUGUGCACCCACAUGCCAACGGUGUCGUGUCUGGGUUCACUGGUGCCUGUGGUAACUUGGGCGGCAUCGUCUUCGCCAUUGUGUUCAGGUAUAACUACACCAACUACCACAAGUCACUCUGGAUCAUUGGUGUUAUGGCUAUCGCCAUCAAUUUGGCGGUCUGCUGGAUCAAGCCAAUACCGAAGGGACAGAUUGGUGGCAGGUAA